CAGUUUCGUACUGCGAAUAUGGGCACGAUGGUUCAUUGUUUUGAUUCGCAUCACAUGUGUUUGAGGUUAUAAUUUGUCAAGAUUGGUAAAAGUUAUUGAUUCAACACGAAAUUAGGAUUUGAAACGCUGUCUGAGUUAAUCCAAAAUGGGCAAAGUGAGAAAACUGCGCAAGAAGUACCACUUGGCUUGCCAAAAGGCGGCAGCAGCAGAAAGCAACGACACUCCAGUGGUUCCUGUUGUCCAGUCAGUGCCUGGACAAGCUGAACUGCCUGUGAAACUUAGUACAGAUUCCAACAUUUUUGCUGGAAUCACCAUAUCAUUCGCUGAUCUUAAACAAACGCUAUUACCCCCCUCAACGCAACCACUGGAUGUACCCCUAGGCACUGUCAGUGAGCCUUCUGUUGUCGGAAGUUUGUUCAAGAAAAACUUAAAACAUGUUUCGAAGAAGGACAAGAUUAUUGCCAGAAGGGAAGCAUUAUUAAGAAAAAUUGAUACUGUUAGGCAGCUAAAACUAGAUGCAAGGAAGGCAUUUAAACUUUCCAAAAAGAAAGAAGUCCCAAAGCCUAUGCAAAUGGCAACCCUUAUAGAUGCUUUGCCAAUGCUCCCCUCAUCAGACAAGGAGCCAGGUUCUAGCAAAAAGGGUAAAGUUUCCCAAGUGAAAGCUUGCCUUUCAAAAAAGAAAAGAAAUAAGCAAUUCAUGGAUGGUAUCAAGGCCUUCAAGGCAGUUUUAUCCAACACCCACUACAAGGCGGAUCCAGCGUCUGCUAUAUCCAAUUAUGUUAUAAACACUGUUUCAAGCAAUGGUACUCAGAAGUUUCAAAAGAAACUAAUUUGUAAGUAACGUGAAAUCAUGGACUAUCUAUUUUACUGUUUUGUGCAAUUAUGUCAAAAUUGACUGCAAGCCCUGCAAUGUGUAAAAUUAAGUUUGAUGUAUAAAGCCGACUUGGUUAGUUUGGCAAAGAGUUUCAAUUUAAUAUGUUGGGAAAAGGUUGAAUGAAAAUUAAAAAUAUUCUAGAAACAUCAA